UCGCAUUUGCUGAAACGAACAGGAUAAGGUCUUCUGCUCUGGCUUAGUUACUGCCGCUUUGUUCUUUCUGAGGAGUGAGGGAUACACGGCCCUGGUAGGGAGAAAUGUCAUACCAUCUCUGCUCCUCGCCGUCCUCUGUUGUCCAUGACCGCCACCCUCUUUCACCUUCACUAAAACAAUUAUCCAAAGCCUUCAAGCGCAAUUCCCUGUCGUUUCCAUCAAGACUCCAUCUUCCGGUCAACCAUGUUUCCCUACAAGACUCUAUAGCACAAGAACCCCAUGCAAAAAACGCUUCGACUGAAGCGAAUCAACAAUCUCCAGGUGUAAAAAGCGCUUCUUCAACUGAAAGAUACGUCUGGGUGAACCCCAAGAACCCAAGAGCUUCUCUUCUUAGGCAAAAAUCAUACGAUUCUAGGUACGCUUCUCUAAUUAAGCUAGCCGAGUCUUUGGAUUCAUGUGACCCAAUUGAGGAUGUUGUGUUUGGUAUUUUGAGUGGUUUGGGUGUGACAAUGACGGAGCAGGAUGCUGUAGUUGUUAUAAAUAACAUGUCGAACCCGGAGACUGUGUUGUUUGCUCUCAGAUUUCUUCAAGAGAGUUUGGAUUUCAGUAGGGAGGUGGUUAUUUAUAACGUGACCUUGAAGGUAUUUAGAAAAGCUAAGGAUUUGGAUGGAGCAGAGAAACUGUUUGAUGAAAUGGUUGAAAGAGGUGUCAAGCCUGAUAAUGUUACUUUCUUGACAUUAAUUAGUUGUGCUAGGAUAUGUGGCAUGCCUAAUAAGGCUGUCGAGUGGUUUGAGAAAAUGGCCAGUUUUGGGUGUGAACCUGACGAUGUUACUUACUCUGCCAUGAUUGAUGCCUAUGGACGUGCUGGUGAUGUUGAUAAGGCUUUAAGUUUGUAUGAUCGUGCUAGGACGGAAAGAUGGCGUAUUGAUCUCGCGACUUUCGCAACUUUGAUAAGAAUUUAUGGGAUGUCAGGGAAUUUCGAUGGAUGCUUGAAUCUUUACCAAGAGAUGAAGGCUCUACAUGCUAAGCCAAACUUGGGAGUAUAUAACGGUUUGUUAGAUGCUAUGGGAAAGGCAAAAAGGCCUUGGCAGGCAACAAAAAUCUAUGAAGAGAUGAUAAAAAAUGGGCUUUCACCUAAUUUUACAACAUAUGCAGCUCUCUUGCGUGCUUAUAGUAGAGCUCGAUAUGGUGAAGAUGCUCUUAAGGUGUACAAAGAAAUGAAGGGAAAGGGGAUGGAAAUGAGUGUUGUUCUUUACAAUACUGUCCUGGCAAUGUGUGCUGAUAUUGGCUUAUGUGAUGAAGCUGUAAUGAUUUUUGAGGAUCUGAAGAACUCAGAGAAUUGCAAGCCCGACAGUUGGACCUUUUCCUCUGUGAUUACUGCAUAUUCUUGUAGUGGAAAGGUCUCCGAGGCAGAGUUGACAUUGAACGAGAUGCUGGAAGCAGGCUUUGACCCUAACUUGUUUGUCUUGACAUCACUUAUCCAAUGCUAUGGAAGCACCAAUCGCACCGAUGAUGUUGUGCGAACAUUCAACCGAGUCUUAGAGCUUGGCAUAACACCAGAUGAUCGAUUUUGUGGCUGUCUUCUGAACGUUAUGACUCAAACGCCAAAGGAAGAACUUGGUAAGCUUACCGAUUGCAUUGAGAAGCUAAAUUCAAAACUUGCUAAUCUGGUGAAUCUUUUGGUAGAGGAACAAAGCAGUGAGCAUAUCUUUAAAAAUGAAGCCUCUAUUCUCUUUGAUUCAAUUAGUGCUGAUGUAAAGAAGGCAUACUGCAAUUGCUUGAUUGAUCUCUGUGUCAAACUAAAUAAGUUGGAGAAAGCUUGUGAGCUACUGGACUUGGGACUUAGACUUGAUAUAUACACGGACAUCCAGUUGAGGUCUCCAACUCAAUGGUCUUUACAUUUAAAGAGUCUCUCUCUUGGGGCAGCCUUGACAGCCUUACAUGUUUGGAUCAAUGACCUGUCGAAGGCUUUGGAAUCUGGAGAUGAGCUUCCACCAUUGCUUGGUAUCAAUACUGGGCAUGGGAAACACAAGUACUCAGACAAAGGUUUAGCCGGUGCAUUCGAUUCACAUUUGAAGGAACUAAAUGCUCCAUUCCAUGAAGCUCCUGAUAAGGUCGGCUGGUUUUUGACAACAAAAGUUGCGGCUCAGUCAUGGUUGGAAUCUAGAAAUCAACCAGAGUUAGUUGCUUCUUAGAUGCUUCACUUUACCUACCAAGAACAACUUAUCACACUGAUAUAUUAGAAUUCUCAUGUUCCUCUAUUGCCGGUUCUACGUCCCAUAUCUCUUAUUAGGGAAUUUUGUUUUUACAGGCGCAUCCUCUCUCUUGAUUGUUUCUUUUUGUUUACUGUUAUAGUAUUUGUAAUCCAUCUGGAGUUUUAACCAGAAUAGAGAGUUUUCAUGUAUUGAAUUUGGAUAAGUUGUAUGCAAGCCGAUGGUAGUGACUAUUGCUGUGUUCCUUGUU